CCAAGACUGUGAGUAUCGCCCGCCCCUGCGCACCGCCGUCGUGGUACAGGUCAGAGGUCUUCAUCAUCAUCAUCGUCGUCAUCGUCGUCGCCAUCGUACAGGAAGGAGCAUGGGCACAGAGCAGCCUGGUCAUUGAGGGAGAGGACGGAGGGACGGGGUCGAGGGACGGGGUCGAGGGACGGUAUGCGACGGUGCAAUAGGCAGAACCAGUCCGAGGAGGAUAAUGGGAUGGUCGAGGAGGCAAUGGGGAAGAAGAGACGGUCACAGAGACCAGAGGGGAUGACCAGGCUCGAGUGCAGUGCACAUGCUCGUUCCGAGGGGACAUGUACACGAUGAAGAUGACGAAGAUGAUGAUGGCGACGGUGAUGCUAUCUCGACGAACUUCAGAGUUCAAAUUGACUUACCACAUAUCUUCACCUCACCCACUCUACAGUCAAGAUGCCACCGAAGAAGGCAGCCAUCCUCGCAAGUGCGUCCAAGACGUCCAAGAAGAAGAAGUGGUCCAAGGGAAAGGUUAAGGACAAGGCCCAAAACAUGGUCGUCCUGGACAAGCCCACUUACGACAGGAUCCUCAAGGAGGUGCCCACCUACAAGAUGAUCUCUCAGUCGGUCCUCAUCGACCGAAUGAAGAUCAACGGAUCCCUCGCUCGUGUUGCCAUCCAGCACCUGGUUAGGGAGGGACAGAUCAAGAAGGUCAUCCACCACCACGGUCAAUUGGUGUACACCCGAGUCGCCUCUGCCAGCGACUAAGCUCAUCGUACCGUCCUGGUCUGGCUUCGUCACUUGUCUAGUUCCCAUCAUCAUCAUCUCAUUUGCGAAAUGUCAUGUGUAGCACCAUCC